CCGUUUUUGUUUAUUUUUGCAGAUAGCAUUUUCAGUUCCUAUAAAAUAGGUAAUAUAUCAAACUAAAAAUGGCGACUUGCGGAAGACUCCGAUUAUUUGACCAAUGCCUAAGAAAUUCACCUUUCGCAAUUAUUCAGCGCUUUUCGUCAAGGACAACUUUCAAGGCCUCGGAUCUUCGGUUGAACUUGACUAGACACCCCGGCCCGAAGCCCGAGGAUCCGAACAAAUGCAUUUUCGGGAAACAUUUCACCGACCACAUGCUCGCUGUCGAGUGGAACUUGAAAACAGGAUGGGGUGUACCUGUAAUAAAACCGUUGGAAAACAUAAGUCUGCACCCGGCUACGUCGGUGUUCCAUUAUGCUACAGAGCUCUUCGAAGGUAUGAAGGCCUACCGUACAGUGGACAAUAGAAUCGCUAUGUUUCGACCAAUGGAAAACAUGAAUAGAAUGAAUCGAACAGCUAAACGUGCUUGCUUACCGGAAUUCGACAACGAGGAAUUAGUUAAGUGCUUGGCAGAGUUGGUUAGAGUGGAACACGAAUGGGUUCCGCACUCCACAACUGCUUCUCUCUACAUGCGACCCACCAUGAUAGGAACAGAGCCUUCCCUCGGGGUAAACAUGUCCUCCAGCGCUUUGCUCUACUGCAUUCUAUGCCCAGUCGGUCCAUACUUUGACACCGGAUCUUUUAGUCCAGUCUCUUUAAUGGCUGACCCCACUUACAUACGAGCAGCUAAAGGAGGGUCAGGGGCGUACAAACUCGGAAGCAACUACGGGCCCACGAUUCGUAUUCAACAAGAAGCAAUUAAACGUGGAUGUCAACAGGUGUUGUGGCUUUACGGUGAAGAUCACCAAGUUACUGAAGUUGGGACAAUGAACGUGUUCGUGUAUUGGAUCAACGAAGACGGAGAAAAGGAGCUUGCCACCAUGCCGUUGGGUGAAGGUAUCGUCUUACCAGGAGUUACCAGGUCAUCACUUAUUGAGCUGGCGCACGAGUGGGAUGAAUUUAAAGUAACAGAACGAAUAAUAACCAUGGCGGAUGUCAGCAAAGCGCUCAACGAAAAUAGAAUGUUAGAAAUGUUCGGGGCAGGCACCGCAUGCGUGGUUUGCCCAAUCGAUAAAAUUCUCUACAUGGACCAAACCCUUGAAAUACCAACUAUGGAAAACGGACCUGAAAUUGCUUCACGAUUUUACAAAGAGCUUACAGACAUCCAGUACGGACGCAUACCACACGAAUGGUCAUACACUGUGAUGGAAGACGCAGGAAAAGGAGAUGUCAGCGAAGCAAGAAACAACUUUUAAAUCCUGGCCGCUUGGUUUGUCCUUUGCACCUCGUAGUUUUAAAUUUUCCAGAAAUAUUGCUUAAUGCCACUGAAGGCGUGAUUUUUACGAGCAAGAAAGCAAAUGAGUGGUUGUUUCUUGGCCAUUUUACCUUAGAUAGUACUGGUACAUACACAAUGAGACAUAAUAUUGAUAUAUUGCAUAUACACAACUUUUUAUCCCAAAAGUUUUAAGGCGUUCCAAUAUUAAAUAUUAUAACUUUGUUUUAAUCGCCGCGAAAAUAGUUUAGUUCCUAUAUAUAUACUUCUUCGUUGCGACGAUACACAAUGUAAACUUAAUGCAGCUUGGCUGUGGUUUAUAAAGAUGCAUUUUGCCGUGCUUAAAAAGAUACACAAUGCGUGGUUUCAUAAUGCUUGCCUGUAUCUUACUAUAUUGUUAUUGCGCACCUCGUACCCAUUUCCGCUUAAAAUCGCGUGUUUUAUUGUCAUGUCACUUUGUAAGUUGGCCACUACCCAACAGUCUUGUUGGUUUAUUUUGCGAACAUUUUAUAGAAACCCUUUAGUUCAUUUGUAAAGACUAUUUUAAUCUUCUGUGAAAAUGCGACAAAAUUCGUAAAAACUGAUCGCAUAUUUAUAUUAAGACAAACUUCUAAAAUGUAUUAAUUUAUAUGGUAUAGGGUGGGGAAAGAUGGGACACCUUUAGCGCAUAAUAUCCAAAUAUCUUGAUGGUGUUUUAAACAAUUAAAAAAUGGUCCAUGUGAGUCGUGAGGAUACGGUUUUAUAAUUCUUUGAUUGUUCUUUGUUUCUACAAAAAUGGGACAGGAUGUGUCCCAUUUUCCCCCAUCCUACUAUAACCAGAAAAACAAUAAGUACCAUGUAACAGUGGUAUUAAUUAGUCCUAUGUUUAGACUAUUUACUUUUAUUUUAUGUUUUGUACAUUUUUGUGUUUUUUUUGCAACAAAUAAACAGUUCGGAAGCCUGCAGGCUUCUAAAACGUUUUGUAAA